UAAGUCUCAAGAUGGCGGCCAAUGCGGGAUCGAUGUUCCAAUAUUGGAAGCGUUUUGAUAUACAAGAACUGCAGAGGGAGCUGGACACCACCGCCACACAGCUGGCCAACAGACAGGAUGAGAGUGAGCAGUCCAGAAAGAAGCUCAUCGACCAGAGCCGAGACUUCAAGAAGAACACACCAGAGGACCUGCGCAAGCAGGUAGCACCACUGCUGAAGAGCUUCCAGGGGGAGAUCGAUGCGUUGAGCAGACGCAGUAAGGAGGCCGAGGCUGCCUUUCUGAACGUCUACAAGAGACUCAUCGAUGUACCAGACCCUGUGCCAGUGCUGGAGUUGGCUCAGCAGCUGCAUGUGAAGGUUCAGAAGAUGCACGACAUCGAGACCGAGAACCUGAAGCUCCGCGAGACGCUCGACGACUACAACAAGGAGUUCGCCGAGGUCAAGAACCAGGAGGUCACGGUGAAGGCCCUGAAGGAGAAGGUUCGUGAGUACGAGCAAAACCUGAAGAGCCAAGCAGAGACCCUUGCACACGAGACCAAACUACAGCUGCACAGCCACUACUCUGAGAAAGAGAGGAGGCUGCAGGAUUCUCAGGAGUCGUUAGCCUCUAAGUUGGAGGAGGCGGAUCACAAGACUCAAACCCUCCAAUCAGCUCUAGAGGCCACUCAGGCUGAACUGUUUGACCUCAAGGCUAAAUAUGACGAGGAGUCCACCGCCAAGGGUGAUGAGAUUGAAAUGGUGAUGACUGACUUGGAGAGAGCCAAUCAGAGGGCGGAAGCAGCUGAGAGGGAGGCGGAGUCUCUGAGAGAGCAGCUGACAUCAGCCAACAAGCUGGCCAAUCAGAAAACACCUGACACGAGUGUGGAGGUGGAUCUGAGUUCUAAGGAGCGGGAGGUGGAGUUGAGCUCUAAGGAGCGGGAGAUGACCCAGCUGCUGGAAGACGUCCAGAGACUACAGGCCAGCCUCACCAAACUCAGGGACUCCUCAGCCAAUCACAUCAGCUCCUUACAGGAGCAGCUUCAGCUCAAGAGCAGCACACUCAAGGAGUUGGAAGAAAAACUUCAGCAGCAGGCUGACUAUGAAGAAGUGAAGAAAGAGCUCAGCAUCCUGAAGUCCAUGGAGUUUGGCCCGACAGAUGGAUCUGUGCAGGACUCCUCCAAACCCCUAGAGGUGCUCUUGUUGGAGAAGAACCGCAGUCUCCAGUCUGAAACGGCCUCUCUGCGCAUCGCUAACAACGAGCUCAGUGGCCGGUACUCUCAGCUGCAGCAGGAGUUCUCGUCAGCCGUGAGGACGAGUUCGGAACAGAAACAGCUGAUCCUCAAACUGGAGCAGGACCUGAGCACCGUCCAGAACCUCAACAUGCCCCGCCCGGACGCAGAGGGGUCAGACCUGAGCAGCAUGGACACGAUUCCUGAGCCCAUCAAGGAGGCCACAGCUCUCUUCUCAGGGAGCUCUCCUCAGGUGGAUCUCCCUCAGGGUCAGAUGGACUCUCUGCUCUCCAUCAUCUCCAGCCAGAGAGAGAGAUUUCGCUCACGCAACCAGGAGCUGGAGGCCGAGAGCCGCACCAUGCAGCAGACCCUGCUGGCCCUACAGACGGAGCUGGACAGCCUGCGCGCUGACAACAUCAAACUCUACGAGAAGAUCAAGUUCUUACAGAGCUACGCAGGAAGAGCCGGCAGCAGUGAUGACACGGCGGUGAUGCGCUACUCCUCCCAGUACGAAGAGAGACUGGACCCCUUCUCCUCCUUCAGCAAGAGGGAGCGUCAGCGCAGAUACCUGAACCUCAGCCCCUGGGAUAAAGCAACACUGAGUCUGGGUCGGGUCAUCUUGUCCAGUAAGAUGGCACGGACGGUGGCCUUCUUCUACACACUCUUCCUACACUGCCUGGUCUUCCUGGUGCUGUAUAAGACUGCGUGGAGUGAGAGCAUCGGACGGGACUGUGCUGCAUUCUGUGCAAAGAAGUACUCCGAUCAUCUCCAUCGUUUCCACGAGGACGGGGGAAAUGGAGACAUGUGGCAGUGACGUCAUCACAUUAGGCUCCUCCCACCCCGUCCCCAGAGUACUCCGAUCAUCUCCAUCGUUUCCACGAGGACGGGGGAAAUGGAGACAUGUGGCAGUGACGUCAUCACAUUAGGCUCCUCCCACCCCGUCCCCAGAGUACGAGCAGCAGACCAAUCAGAAGAUCUGCCACUGAUCACUCAUCUGUUUGACAUUUCUGUACGAGUGUGUGUGUGUGUGUGUGUGUGUGUGUGUACCGACUCCUCUCACUCUGUAGUAGUGAUGAGCCUCUCUGGGUGAGAUGAGAGAUGACACACACACACACACACACACACACACAAACACACACACACACACACACACACACACACUAUGAAGCCCCUGUAACUCUAAACUCUAAACUCUAAGAUGAACUUGUUAGUCCCAUGAGAGAAUGUGUGUGAGGGUUAGGGUUAGGGUAUCUCUGUAACUGUGUGUGUGUGUGUGAGGGUUAGGGCAUCUGUGUGUGUGUGUGAGGGUUAGGGCAUCUCUGUAACUCUGAACUUUAAGGUCUGAGAUGACUCUGUUACGCUAACUUGAGCAGCAGACUGCAGCAGUUGUGUUUCCACACACUAAAUGUAGUCUUUAGUGUGUGGGCCGCCUGAACUGGACUGGGACCUGGUGUGUGUGUGUGUGUGUGUGUGUGUGUGUGUGUGUGUGUGUGUGUGUGUGUGUGUGUGUGUGUGUGUGUGUGUGUGUGUGUGUGUGUGUGUGUGUGUGUGUGUGUGUGUGUGUGUGUGUGUGUGUGUGUGUGUGUGUGUGUGUGUGUGUGUGUGUGUGUGUGUUCUGAACUGGACUGGGACCUGGUGUGUGUGCGACGAUGCCGCAUAUUCUUUACCUUUAUGUGUACUCUCAAGCCUUCAAGGUUGCCUAUUCUAUGCAGAUCCUGUGUGUGUGUGGUAGGUGAGAAUGUGUGUGUGUGUGUGUGUGUGUGUGUGUGUGUGUGUGUGUGUGUGUG